AUGUCUGAAGGUGUAGUUGCCAUAGGGAACCCCCUGGCAGUCGCUAAGGUGCUACGUCAUCAUCCGGAGCUGAAACAGAGGAAGGGACUGUUUGAGUCCAGGCAGAUUGAUUUCUUUCGUUACAAGCGGUUUGUUAGAGCAUUGAAGUCGGAAGAGUAUGCCAAGAAGUCAAAGAACCAGCCUGAUGUUUACCCUGUGGUUGGAGAGGUCGAAGAGAGUGAUGCGCGGGCCCGUAACGUCUUUAUAUCAUUAAUCAGAGCGCAAUUAGUGGUUCCUAGCACAAAACUACACAGUGAAGAGUGUAAGGAGCAUGGACUAACGCCUUCAAAGGAGUUCCCAAAUUUGAUUUUGUCGAAUAAAGCCGUGUUGCAACCAGACGAGUACUAUGUGUGGAAUUACAACCCUAAGACACUGACCGACUAUUUGAUAGUUAUUGGGGUCAUAUCAGCAAUCUUAGCACUUGUAUGCUAUCCAUUAUGGCCAAUGUUCAUGAGACGUGGAAGUUACUACCUGUCUAUGGGUGCACUAGGGCUACUGGGUCUAUUUUUCGCCAUGGCAAUUGUCAGAUUGAUCAUAUACCUUGUAACAUUACCUCUUACAAAAAGCCAAGGUGGGUUCUGGAUCUUUCCCAACCUGUUUGAAGACUGUGGUGUUCUGGAGAGUUUUAGACCGUUUUAUGGUUAUGGUGAGAAAGAAUGCUACAGUUACUUGAAGAAAGUGAAGAGGAAUAAGCGGAAACUUACCAAGAAGGAAAAGGCCAGCGCACAAAAGAGCAGUGCUGAAUAG